AUGCUACCACUAGUCAAACUUUUCGACCCAAAAUCUCUUCUUCCACAAUACAUGCUCCCUCCCUAUGGAUCGACCUCUCCGAACGUUACCCUCCCUGAAAAUUUUCUUCCUCCGCACACUUUCCAUGGUAUGCGGAGUAACGCAACGAAACCACAUGCCUCUAAGCAUACCCGAGCCCGCUCUUAUUACCUGUCACUUCUCUUUGACAAGAACGAAAAUGAACGGGCGGAAGGAAAGAGUAGGCUCUCGAAAGAAGUUCACCAGCUCGGAGGAUUUGGCAUGACUGUGGUGGAGAAAACGCGUGUUAGGUCACCUUUCCGAUCCCAGGCGGUGAUGCAGUCAUACGUCUUCCUGCUGGACUUCAAGCCGUGGGAGGUGGUGGGAAACAAUCAAACCGAAGUAACCAUUCCGGGUGUUAGACUCCUUGUUGUGCACUCGACGGGAACUAGGAGCAAUAUUUUUGCCUUGUUCCCUCAGUUCAAGGUCGACUCAUAUUGUGGCCCCACACAAAGCUGUUGUCCUGCUGUGAUGCCUAAAACAAAUGAGCAACACGCCCCGACUCCCCUUGGCAUAAGACCCACGUUCAUCGCCCAAUACUCGCCACUCAGCCCAAGUAAUGAAGAUGCUCCCCCUCCAGCACGAGAGAAUACCCUCGUAGCCUGCUCCGACGUGCGAAAGGCGUCCAGCCGACUUAGCAAGGCCGUAUUCCAAACCUUGGACGAUGUCCUGGAAACUAUGCUGAUCCUCCUCUCGAAUUUGGUUUCUGGGUCUUUCGUCGAAGACCAUAUACUCUCUAUGCUCGUGUGGGAUUGUCAGACUUUCUUUGCUCGGGAGCUGUUGGCCUUUACUAUCAGCAUGCGGUGGUAUGCUUUAUUUUCCUUGGAGUCAAUUUCCUUGCUCAAGGGCACUGGCAUAAGAGUACCUUCAUCAGAAAUACCCGCCUACUCACGUCCACUCUCUUGCCUCGAUGCCCAACGAAGCUUGCCUGAAGAUGCUCAGGAAGAUCUUAGCCGAAUACAAAAGGUACUCCGCUUCUUGGCUGGAUUUCAACGCUCCUUCACAGUAACGCCACCUUCAGCCUCAACCCCUCAUCGUCCUCCUGCAACCCACCUCGUCCAGCUUGUAGGCCUAAGGUCGUCGGGAGCUCUUCUUACACGCCAUCCACCACUGUUCGUGCUCCACGGAUUGUCCGACACUUCCUUCCAAGCUCUGUUCAGCCAGGAUGGGUACUCAGUACAUCUUGUGGUCUCUAUGUGCGCGGUUCACAUUGAGAGGCGGCCUGAAGAACCACUGCGUUCUGCAAAACGGAAUAACUGGGGUUCUUCGGAUCCCCAGGGUAACCCGCAGAAUUUGAAUGCGUUGACGGUAGGAGGGCUGCUCUUGUCGAGCUGUGCUCCAGAAGAACCUGAUAUCUGGACCAGUGAACAUUACCGAUGGUUGUAUGGACUGAGGCUGGACUCGGGGGACCUGUAA